UCGUUCGCGGUGAUCGGUCGCAUCUUCUGCGCGGGACUUCCCUAUCAUUCGCCGAUAGUGGUUGGGUGCGAUCACCCUCCCUCAUCCCUUGAAUUGCUGGAAGUGAGUCAGUCUUUUCGGCAAUCAGCUCUUUAAAACUUCCUCUGAUUCUGGUUCUGGCACUGAGCAACGAGAGCUUCCGUACUUGAGUGGAGAGAGUUUGUACGAACGGCGAGAAUCAAUUUCGUGCAUAACUUUACAGUUGUUUUGCUGCUCUGCUUGGCGGUGCUGGAUAUGUUGGGCUGAUUUGGAAGUGAAAUUACGUUUUGAUUUCGUGUUGGGUGCUUCAAUUGCAUGAAUUAAGUGAUCAGGAUGAAGUUGCUAGCAUCGAUUGCCGUUUUGGUGUCACUGUUUGAAUACUGCCACGUAGCGCCAGCAUUCGGCGAUGCCUUCCAGCUGGGCACGGAGCAAACGUACAGCUACUUGAACGAGGUUCGUUCGGGAAGCGCCCAGAAUGCCUCCCUCACGGUCGGGUACACCGUGCGGGCCAAAGUGCGCCUGGCCACGGUUUGGGGUGACGACGAGCACAAGCUGCUGCGUAUAAUGAUUGAGGAUCCCACGCUGUACACGACACCUGGUGAUGUAAAGCGGAUUACUUCGCUAUCGAGCUCUAGCGAGGCACCGUUCUACGUGUACUGGAACCUGGGUUACGUGAAAAAGAUUUAUCUGAAGGACAAGGAGAACGACGCGUCGCUGACCAACUUCCGGAAGGGAGUUGCAGCGCUGUUCCAGUACCAGAUCUUGGACGGGCAGUACGUCGAGGAGGAUCCCUCGGGCAAGUGCGAUGUUCAGUACACGUCACACUCGACGACUCGUUACCAUAAGGCGAAGAACAACUGCGAGAUCAGUGGGGAUCGUUUUGAACGGACUGAGUAUCCACUAAGAAGCUUGAAAAGGCAGGCUCGUAGCACGGACUUUACCGUCAGUACGGAGGGAACGCUGGAGAAGGUUGUAGCGCAGGAUUAUUUGAAGUACUUGGUGAAUGCUUACGACAACUUGGGUGCGUUUGUGGAGUCGAUCACACGGCUAGAGAUCGAAGAACGUAACGGCAAGGUUGCAACACUGGAAGGCAAGACCGUUGAGGAAGCCGUGAAGACGUUAGACGUUAAGCCGUCUGGACUGCUGUCGGAGGAUUACGAAGUUAAGGUCGAAGUAGAUAGCCUUGUUAAGAUGAUCAAGGAUGUCAAGAAGAGCCUCACGAACGAACGCAUCGGAAAGCACGAGUCGUCGUCCGCUUUGCUCCAACUGAUUCAAGCUGGACGCAGAACGAAAACUGAAGACUUUGCGCGCAUUCUAAAAGCCAAAACUAUGAAGGAACAACAAGGCCAGCUGUUGGACCUUCUGGGUGCGAUUCAAACCGAAGAAUCUCACGAGGCUGCGAAAAGUUUGCUGAUUUACGACGACGAUGAAGCACUCUAUCUCGCAGAGCGAUACCUGCAAGCGCUUGCCGUUGGAGCUCGCCCGAAGAAGGCCGUUAUUGAAGAUCUGUUUGCAACCGCUGAAAAACAGCCCAAAAAUGAUAAAUUCUACGACACACUUGUACAAACAGUAGCAUCUCUUGCUCAUCGCUACGCGAAGCUGCCUGGCAAUUCGUUCGAUACAGAGUUGGUAGAUAAGGUUAAGGACUUUUUGCUUCAACAGCUGGAGCAAUGUAAAAAGGAUGAGUGCAAGCAGAAGUUCAUACGAGGACUGCACAAUCUGAAAUCGCCCAAAACGCUGGACACGCUGACGAAGCUAGCCCUGGAAGGUUCGGCAAAGAUCAGCGUAGCCGCGAUGAAGGCCCUCCGAUCGUUUUCCGUGUUUUUGUGGAACGAUGACUUCAAAGCGAUCUUCGAGGACAUUUUCUUCCAGGUAUCGAAGAAGUACGAUUCCAGCGCACGUGCGUUGGCGUUGGACAUUCUUCUGGAUCUCAAACCGGACUUGGACGAGCUAACUCAUCUCAUUCAGCACCUGAAGUCCUCAGACAAAGUGUACGAAGUGAAGCAAUACCUGCUGCAGAAGUUACGAAUGCUGGCGGACCGCUGUCCGGACUUUGCCGAUAUGCUGCGAAAGGUCAUCCUGCGGGAUUCCAAGCUGAACAACUACCACGUGCUCGGUGCACGGGGAUUGUCCACUGCCCUCACCAGAACCUACUCCACGGUUCCGUCGUUCAACGCAUCGCUGGAAUCACUCCAGGAAAUGAGCGGAGGAGUGCUGAAGCGAGGAGUCGUCGAUCUUGCGCUUGAGGUUGGAGAAGAGAAGUUCAGCAUGUUCACGCUGGGGCUGUUCGCCGGUGGAAUGUCCUCCUUCGUCAGCAGUGGAGAUGACGAGGAGAAUGAAGACGAUUCUGACGCCAUUGCCGGGAUGGAACUGACGCUUCAGGGCUCGGUGCUACGACCUCUGGUGUUUUUCGACGGUAAGGGUGAACUCAUGGGACACGUUUGGAGUGGAACCGCUUCGCAACCGACUCCAGCUUAUCAGGCUACCACCCUGCUGCAGGACAACGAGGAACGGUACGCUCUUCAAAACGGUGCUACUUUGAAGUUGAGCACGUUGGGCGCCAUUUCGAUCGACUUGAACGGGCAGGUUACGAUGAGCCUUUGGGGACGGAAUGCACAGUCUAAGGUGGAACAAAACACCGGAAUCGCCCUCCAAGGAAGCCUGCUCCUCCAAACCUCCUUCGUUAAGCUUUCCGUUGAGUUCGACGUCAACCAAGAACCCCAACUUCACCUCUCGUCCGAUCUGGACUUUUCCUCGGACACCUCGCUCUGCAUGAAGCUGAUGCAGUCGGACAGUGUGCUUAACAAGCGUACCGUCAAAACGGUAUCUAUUCCGGGCUCCAAGUUUCGCAAGGUCCAAACGACAAGCAGUUCGCGCAAGAUCGCGGGCCUGACACAUGCGCUCAACCAAAAGAACAACGACAUGUGCAGCAAGAUCGCGAAGAGCUGAUCGGAGGUGAGUGGUGGGAGAAGGAAGCGGGACGAGAAGCAGCCGGAGGAGAGCUGGUCCAGGGCGACCGAAGCUACCAUAUUGCUCCCAAAAAUUACUGUUUAGAAAUGAAGUAAAAUGUGUAUUGGAGAAUUUAAAGACUUCCAUGAAAAAUAAAUAAACUGAAAUGACAAAUUGUGGUAAGGAGAGAACUGGUGCGUUUGAGCUGUACAGUUGGUAUGUGAUUAGGUUGAUUUGCAAAUAAAACUGGGAUAAGUUAUGGAAA